UAACUAAUUUAACUGAAGAACCGGUCAAAAAAGCUGUAGUUGUAGUCGUCGUAGUAGUAGUGUUAUUAUUAUUAUUACAGUUCUGGACACAUUCAUUCAGGAAAAUUAAUUUAAAGAACCAAAACGACCACCCAAGCAACUAGGUGGUGCUGUUCUGAACCUCGCACAUUCAAAUGACACGAAGGGUUAAACUUUUUUUUUUUCUGUCAAUUCUGCUUCAGCUAUGACUAGCACUACAGAAUACAGUGGAAGUUAAGUAUAUAUUUAAGUGUGGACAGAGAAGAGCGCCUGAAGCUGUUGGGAUUUUUGUAAACAAUCUUUGUUGCUGUUACCUUGCAAUUGUUACUGUAUGUGAUGCAUUCACUUGCACAGGAAAUACAGUCUUUUUCAAAGAACGCUCUGAGGAAGCAAUGCACCAGGGUAACCACUUUAACUGGAAAGAGAAUUAUAGAAACGUGGAAAGAUUCCAAAGUCCAGGUUGUGGAAGAAGCAGCGCAGCCCGAGGGAGCUUGUGGAUAUGUCCAGGAUCUCAGCUUGGACCUUCAAGUUGGAGUUAUAAAGCCCUGGCUACUAAUUGCCUCACAAGACGUUGCUCAGGAUUUUGAGACACUGAAAAAAUUUAAGGUUUCACAUGUACUAAAUGUUGCAUAUGGAGUUGAAAACACCUUUCCAGAGCAGUUUGUUUAUAAAGCGUUUUCUAUACUGGAUCUUCCGGACACUGAUAUAACAUCAUUUUUUCAAGACUGCUCCAAGUUUAUAGAGAAAGCCAAGGCACAGAAUGGAGUUGUGCUUGUUCAUUGCAAUGCUGGAGUAUCCCGCUCUGCCUCGAUAGUCAUCGGAUACCUGAUGUCCACUGAAUACCUGCAUUUUGAUGAUGCUUUUUCAUUAGUGAAGAAUGCCAGACCUGUUAUCUGUCCAAACCCAGGCUUUAUGGAGCAGUUAAGGAAAUACAAACCAUGCGAUGGAAGUCAGUUCAAUGGAAAUGUAGAUCCCUGAAAUAGGACUCAGGGUUAUAUGGAAUAAUACAUAAAACACAGUUUACAACAUAUAUCUUUAUUUAUAUGUAAUUAUUUAGGCUGCCUCUACUGAUGGUGCUUUUUAUGUUUCCAGCAAUACUCUUUAAUUAUACUUUUAAUCUGUGAUGUACAAUUAUAUUAAUAUAAUUAUCUUAAGUGUAGCUUUUAUUAAAUUACUGUAAGACAUACCGGUCAACUUCACAAUACAUUUUGUCUAUAAAAGCUAAUGAACAACAUUACAUGCUUUUUGAUUAUCACUAUUGUGUAUUAUGUCAGGCUAGUUAAAAUACUUGAUUUCAGUGACAAAGCACACUGGAACAUUUUACAUUGGGUGUAUAAUGCUCACCUGUACACGAUUAUCAUUUUUGUAGAUCUGUUAUCUUGAUAUGGAUUGUACUUACUUGAUCUUGGUAUUAUUUGUGAUUCUCUUUGCUUAAAGCUCCCAUGGCCCAAUUUUCAAGCAAGUGCAAUGGCAUGGACAGGAAUACAAUACUUUAAAAAAAUAUACAACUAGUUAAAAACUACUAAUAACAAUAAUUCAGCUGGCCUUUGUCUACUAAGUUGUUUUUUGCAAGUAUAAUGUAAUGGUUUUAUUCCUCUCAGAAAAUGACCCUUUGUCUUUGCACUUUCCUCAAAAUAGAAGAAUGUAAAGCAUAUUCUUACUUGAGUAAUACAAUUACUCAACAAUACUAGUGAUUAUAGCUUAAAGCUUGCAGCAGUGUUAUUGAACUGACUCCCCCCAAGAAAAGACACCAUUGAGAAAGACAAGAUGAACAAAAAGAAAACAAGGACAGGAUAAGCCUUUGCUCUUUCUUUAUAAAUGGUAAAAUAAUCAUGCAAGCUUACAUUUUGAAUAGCAUUCAAGUCCCUAAAGUAAAGUGCAGGCUCUGAUUAGCCCUAAUCUAGGACUACCUUACGUAACAUUAGGUAUCAGGGUCGUGUGAAACCAGACAAAUAUGUAUUUAAUAAAUGUUUACGUUUGUUGAGAAAUGUGAAACAUCCACAUUUAAUUUAACAAUAAGGGAUGUGGGUAACUUAGCUUAAAUUAAAUCAUUUUUAAAGUGCUUAAAAAAGCGUCUAAUAAGGUGCGGAUCAGGAAUAUUUGAAGUUUCCCAGCUAGUACUGGUGCUAUGCUGCAUAUUCUCAUAAACAUUACCGCAAUUAAAUAUUACCACAAAAUGGAAGAUAAAGCACUUUAAAGCACUUUACUCCAGUUUUUAAUUAACUGAAAAACUAGAACCAAGUAAGUACUGGUGUCCAUGGCAUUUUAAGCCUUCUAAAGAUUUCUGCUUCUGUUUUGUCAAUAUUGUAAAAUAUUGUAUAUUUUCUCCUUUCAAAAAACAGGAAUUAAAGACUGGAGUAAAUGCUUUGGAUAUGUCGCUAUGUUUCCUCGAGUGGUCAACAACUGUAAACAUAACACUGAAAUAAAUACAUUUAUUUUCAGUAGCAGUAGUUCUUUACCCACCACAUGAAAUAUUGAUUGUGUGGUGUUCCUGUAUAUUGCUUAUAAGACACAUUAUAAGCAUUAAAAAAUAACAAUAUCUGAAAACUGCUCUGAAUUGGUAAAUAUAAGACUUAAGAAAAUUCACCCAGGGAACUGCCUACAGUAUGUCCCAGCUCAUACUUUAAGAUCUCAGGAUGCUUUGUUGUGACAAAAUAAACCAUGAUUUGUAGGUCCACGUCCAGUCAUCAACAAAAAACAUACACAAACACAAGCCUAUCAAUACAAUGGGGUGGGCCCAUGUGCUUUAAAGUUUAUUCUCAUCAUUAGAAUAAAGGGACAUUUUACAGAAGGAACACUGCUGCACCCUGCUGGGGGAACUAUUUAAUCAACUGUUAAUAACUUCACAGUGAGGUUGAAUCUUACAUGUAUUGUAAUACAGGGUUUUAUUACAUUUUUUGUCAUUCUUGCAACACAAGUGUAAAUUAGCACUGGAGAUUUGCCUGGUUUCAAGGCAGUAUUAAUGAAGACUCUUAGGUUGUUUAUACUCAAGAAAAUAUGCCAGGUCAGUAGUUCAUUUUGCAUGCAUUUAAUUCCAUGCCUUAUGUAGAUUUUCAGUUUACUGUACAGUUGGGAAAGGAAAACAGAAUGUAGCUUCUCACAGUAAAUAUAAUAGGAAUUGAACCUCUGCUAUUUUCUUUGUGGUGCCUAUUCCCUCCCUUUUAGCGUCAUGUUUUCAUAAACUUGUUCACUGUGGUUUCAUGAGUCUAAUGCAUUUGCAGUAUGUUGUAGAGAUGGUCCCUUUGAAUAAGGUGCAUUUCUGCAAGUAAAAAUGUAUAGUUUAUUCAGUAGUGAAGAGCUAAGGUUUAUGCCUACAGGAAUUUCCUGACCGUGCGUGCUCACAAACACACAUGUUCUAGCAGCGUGGUGAUGUUUUGACCUUGACACAAGCACUGACAGGCUGAGGCUGGAGGGAAUGUGCACCUAUCCCUGGAGUGGUAUAUAACACCACCAGAUCUGUCGAAGAAAUCUGUUUUGAAUAUUCAGGUUUCUUUCUGCUUGUGUUAAGCCUGGAGCUAAAGAGACUUCUGAUGAAGUGUGUUUUCAUAAACAAGUCUGUUCAAUACUUAGAUAGAAGAGCCCCAAAGAAUACCAGGUAUUGUCUCUAGGACAGAACUCAGCCAUCACCCUCACAUGGUGUUUAGGGACAUUAGGAGAUUAGGUUAAAUCUCUCUUAAAACAAGAUGUUGUAUCUUCAAUCUGCAGUACAUGCGAAGAGCUAUUGUGCAAGUAAAUAUUUGUUACAAAUCCCUUUUUUUCCUACACCCCACUUACCUUUUUAUGAUGUUUGCAGAGGUACAAGCUGUACCUCGUUAUUGGGAAUGUUGCCAUGGUUUUUAUUCAUAUUCUUUAUUUAAAAUUAAUUAAAGUAAUCAAAAACAACAUAGGAGGUAGGGCUUUUUCUUGUAGAACUCCUAAAUUAUGGAAUGCUCUGCCUUCGUUUGUCAGGGAAACUGGGACCGUUACAGUUUUCAAGUCAUGACUAAAAACACACUUUUAUAAAAUGGCUUUCUUAUCUUAGUGGAUUUUAUUGUAACUUUAAAAUUGCUGCUUUUGUGUUAUGUUUAUGUGUAUACUGUUAUUUAAAUGGUCCAUUGUGGCAGUAGUAUGCGUGACAUGCUAUACAAAUGUAUUGUGGUUUGUUCUUUUUUCUGCUAUGUACUGUACAGUGCUUUGUGAUACUUUUGUAUAAAAAGCGCUAUAUAAAUGCAAUAAAUAAAUAAAUAGUGUUAAAUA